AAAUUUCCCCUAGGAAUUCUGAAUUCCAACUGAUUUUUGUGAUCAUUUCCUCCCUUCACUUAACAGUAUGCAUACAUGUAUGUUUCAAAUUCGUCUUUUUCCUGCACUGCACUGUAAGUAUAUACCUAGUAGUUUGAUCACCUGACUAUCAUGUGACUCUCAUGUGUGCAGGUUACUCGCAGACCCAGAGCGAUAUUGACGAGGCCGCGUUUGCCGCCGCGGGUAACGCCUACGCUCCCUACCCACUCCCAGACGAUCCUCCGUCCGUCCCCUUCACCCCAACUACUCCACACCCUCCCUACGUCCCCUAUGAGAUUGAGGAGAAUGAUUCAGUUCGGUACCACCCCCAUAGCCGGGGCGGGGCGGCACUGCAGCCACACCCAUUCUCCCGCUCCCUCUCAGAGGAGGCCCACCUGGCUGGGAUG